GUUGUUUUCUUUCAGGCCAUUUCACCUCACUCGAAUUGUCGCUCUCUCUUCGCCUUUGACCUAACCAGCUUUUUCAAAUGUCUGACAAAGGAGGAAAGGCUGGUUCUCUUCUAAGCAGCAAAGGAUCCCUAAAGGGGAAAGAUGAUAGUGCAGCAAAAGCAAAGGCAAGGAAGGUUCAGUUUUCCACAGAAGGUCUUGAAUCCAUAAUGAGCAACGGUGCAAAAUCUGGUGGCAAAGUAGACAAGGUUGCAAAUGGUGGAAAAAGUUCUGCAGCAAAAGAUCCUCAUCAAAAUGAACACAGAGUUGAUCAAGAACUUCCCGAAAAUUUCAAAUGCCUGAUGGACUGCGAGGCUGCAGUUAUGUUACAAGGAAUUCAAGAUCAUAUGGUUAUGUUAUCCAGAGAUCCAGCUAUCAAAAUCCCUGCAUCAUUUGACAAAGGACUGCACUAUGCCAAAAGCAGCAGCAAGCAUUCAAAUCCUGAGUCUGUUAGAAAUAUUCUCGAGCCUCUAAAGAAUCAUGGUCUCACUGAGAGCGAGAUAUGUGUGAUUGCUAACGUAUACCCAGAAACUGCUGACGUAGUUUUUGCUCUCCUCCCAUCAUUAAAGGGUAAGAGAGGCAUUAACAGCCAACCUAUCGAAGAUUCAAUGAACGAGCUUGCCAAGCUUAAACAGCCGAUGUAACUAAAAACAUGUAAUGGAAAGGUUCACUGUUUUACCGUCUAGGAAAGCUAGAAGUAACCAAUGUGGCAAAUGUAGCACAUUAAACACAAAUGUUAUGGAAAACUUGGUUGACCAUUUUAAUUUCUUAGUGUUAUGCUAUAUAAGUAUGUACAUUGGUCUAAUGUCGAGGUCUAGUAGGUCUUAUAUAUGGCAACAAAUGGGGGAACUUGAUGACUGUAAGGGAUGAUAUAUCAUCCAUUAUGCAGUAGAAAUUUGUCUCACUAUUUUUUCAAAA